AUGGAUGUAUCUGUGUAUCGUUUUUAUAAAAGGUGCUCUUCAGACCCUGAGGAAGAGUCUCGGAGAAGACUCCUGGCAGUUCUUAGACCUCAAACUGUAUUACCUCUAGAGGAUGGCCAGAAUGGUGAGCCGUUGAAUAUUAGUGAUGUGUUUGAAGCUAUCAGCUUGGCGGACCCGUCAUUCACUGCUAUGGAGCAGCAGCCCUACGUGCGGAUAAUCGAGCAGCCGGCCAGCAAGGCGCUCAGAUUCCGUUAUGAGUGCGAGGGCCGGUCAGCGGGUUCGAUCCCGGGCGUCAACAGCACAUCGGAGAACAAGACAUACCCCACUAUAAAAAUAUACAAUUACAUUGGACAAGUUGUGAUCGUAGUAUCAUGUGUCACCAAAGACGAACCUUACAGACCGCACCCCCACAAUCUUGUGGGGCGAGAGCGAUGCGACAGAGGGGUUUGCACAGUACCCUACCGCAUCACAGAAGAGUCAAACGAGUACCAGUUCAAAAACCUGGGUAUCCAGUGUGUGAAGAGACGAGACAUAGCCGACGCUCUACGUGUUCGACAAACACUGCGAGUUGACCCCUUCAGGACUGGCUUCGGUCACAUGGAACAGCCUCAGAGCAUCGACCUGAAUGCCGUUCGACUCUGCUUCCAAGUGUUCCUGCCUGACGCCACAGGGCGUUGCCGCCGGCCCUUAACCCCCGUGGUCUCCGACAUCAUCUACGACAAGAAGGCUAUGAGCGAUUUGCUUAUAGUCAGGGCCAGCCACUGUUCUGGAACUGCCAAGGGUGGCACGCAAGUCAUUUUACUGUGUGAAAAGGUAACGCGAGAGGACACAGUAGUUGUGUUCUACUUGGAGGAGAACAAUAUGGUGGUGUGGGAGGAGCCUGCCAACACGAUCCUCGUGCACAAACAGGUGGCCAUCGCCUUCGAAACGCCCGCCUUCAGGGACCCACGCACCAGUGAACACGUCACUGUGCGCUUCCAGCUAAAGAGAGUAACCGACAACGCCCGUAGCAACUCAUUUCCCUUCGAAUACACCCCCGAAUUCACAGGUACUGCGCGCAAACCUCUUCCCGACCUCUCCCUGUUCUCUCUUCUUCUCUCUGACAAACGAACCGACACCAACAACAACAAGCAGGACAAAACAGAAGUCGUUUCGUCCACAACCGAUACGGUUAGCGUUUCAGAGGAGAGCGGAUCCGCGACAAUUACCGAUAUGAACGGUAACACGCAAGGGGAUGUCGUAAUAGACACCAACGAGAAAAGUUUAAACGAACUACUCGACCAGGUGGCCGAAUUAGAUGAGAUAUAUUCGGAAAACCGCACGCGAUUAGAAAAUAUAACUUCUCUAAAUAACAACAGCGUCGACGUCGACGACUUCAACGACGCCGGCACGUAUACCAGUCUGCAGUUAGCGUUCAAAAACCCCGUAACGAUAUCCGAACCGGAUCCUAUGUCGUACGAGGACGUCCAGGUCCAAACGUUCCGCGGUCCUAUCAUAGAGUUCAGCCCUCUAAAACGCGACACCGACGACGAACGCGCCCCUCCCUUGCCCCCAAAACGCGUGCGCAAAGCGACUUCCACCGAACCCUUUAAAAGUAGUCAGACCUCCGUCGACAGCAUCCUGAAACCCGGGCGCCAGUUACCGGUCACGCGUAACCUAGAAUCCCUCAAAGUAACAGAGAAACCACUAUCCGUCGCGAAAAGCGAACCCGCCCUACCCCCGGUCAAGAAACGCUCGUUCUUCUCUCGCCUGUUCCGUAGAAAGGAUAAAUCCCCGGCGCCUAGCGUCAAAUCCGAGGGCAGGAAAGAUUCCCAAAAGAGCAAACCGGUAGGUCGGUCCGUGAGCAGCGUGUCGGGACUGCGCCCCUCCAAGUUUAAGUCGUCCGUGUCACAUACGUCACUGAAAGACAACGCGUCGGGCACGGGCCUGAGUUACGCGGACAGUAUCACCCACAUCUCUCUGCACGGCGACGACAACGACAAGUCGGCCUCUCAGUCGUCCUUACGUCGUCCCGCCAGCCUGGCGCCGCUGCCGCCCACAGACGGGACUAUCCUGGUCGCGGAGAGCGUGCUCGCUCUAGACGCUAGCGCCUUUAAGAAACUCCAGGACGACUUGGACCUGACCGACGCGGAACACUAUGCGUUGUACAUGGCGGUGGCCCCUCACGCCACCGUCUCCGAAUUUGACGAAACGAGUUAUGUGCAAUAUAAACGGAAGAAAGUAUCGAGUUUAUUGCAAUCCUACGAUAACGACAGAAUGAUGUAUCAACCGGAACAGAAGAUCAAGUCAGAACCAAGGGAUAAAACACCGCCUUAUCUACCACAGUAUGGAGAACAGUGGUUAGGAGAAAACAUGCAAGUCGGACUACAGAUCCCAGGAAUGAACACCCAAUUCAGUCAAGAUAUGUGGGGAGGACAAUCUUACGUACAACAACAUCCUUCAACUUCUCCAUCUCUUCAGCCUUUGUCCCCAGCUCUCCAAAUGGGGCAAAACUUGCAAGUACUUGGUUCUUCUGUGCCUGCCUUGUCCCCCUUGCAGCGAAUGUCUCCCAAUAUACAGCCUUUGGCUUCUCCUCACGGGCAGGUCAUAACUCAAUAUGGUCAAGUAAUGUCCCCAAACAGCCAAGUAAUGCCCUCUCAUAGCCAGGCAAUGUCCCCCCAUGGGCAGGUCCUAUCUCCUCACGGGCACAUGUCCCCACACGGGCAAGCCAUGUCUCCUCACGGACAAGGCUUAUCUCCCCACGGGCAGGCAAUGUCCCCACAGGCUCCAGUUAUGUCCCCUCACGGGCAAUCAAUACAUACAGUCAUGUCACCUCAACACCAAUCUAAUUUAGGACACAUUUCUCCUAACUUGGUGCAGCAAGUGCAGCAUGUGCAACCUAAUGAAGCACAGUUGAAUCAAGGUAUGAUGGAGACAGACGCGAACAGCACUCCAUCUCUUUCUAACUUGUUACUGGACCGCGGCGAGGGACUGACAUUGUACUCUGGUGAACUGUCCGCGCUGCUCGGAGACUAA